AUGGGAGCGUCCCAGUCCCAGCCGGCGCGGCCACGCCGCCGCCAGCGCCGCGGCGAUGACGCACUGCCGACGGACCAACCCCCCGCCGCCGGCGCUGCGACGGCCGACCGCACACUGCCCAACCUCCGCAGACGCAUAUCGACGUUUAUCCGCGGGGCAGACCCCGGGCCGUCCAAGCGCGAGAGGUCAAACUCUGUCCAGCCCGUACGACCCGUCACGAAGCGGCGGAGAGUAGACGACGGCGACGACGACUACGACGACGACGGCGACCUCGAUGACGGCGUGGUUACGCCGGGCGCCGGCCCAGGGCCAAGUACGCUCUCGUCGCGGUAUGCGUCUAGCAUGGCGUCGGCUAGCACUGCAAUGCGUACCCCGCGCGUGUCGGACCCCCCGCCCCGCAUUGACCUCUCGGCGGCGACCCAGCCCCAGACGCCGUCGGCGCUGUCGCCGACCGAGGGCCCCACAUCGCCCGUGACCGACGAGCUGCUGUCCGACAGACUGCGCACCCUCACCACGAUCAGAGACACACUAGGCCCAGACUGGACCCCGCCGACCAUGAGCCCCGGCGUGGAGCGCCUGAUCUCGCGCUUUCGCCGAGCAUCGAACGCUGCCGCCCCGUCGAGCUCCACACCGGCGAGUUCCAGAACGCCCACCCUUCGAGACACGCUCGACCCACCGACGCCACCGCUUUCGUCCUCGGCCACGACUCCAACCAGCGGCACGAGCGCCUCGUCCACACAUUCAAUCCCUCGCAGCGGAUUCUCGCACCGCCUCAGCACCAUCAUGGGAUUCUCGAGCGGCUUGUCGAGUGCAACAGAUGCUGCUGCUGCGCCAGUGGCCGUAGCGCCAGAUCCGACUCCAGCGGCUUCGGCUCCAGCUCCACCAACGUCGACGCCUGCGGCCGCAGCGGCCGACGCCCCCAGCGGCGACGUAGCGAGAAUACCCGUCGGAGCCGUGCUCGUUAUUCAAGGUCUGGCCCAGACUCACGCCAAUCUGGACGAGGAGGAGGCCGCACGUCGAGGAACGACGCUCGACACGCCUUCGCUCGACCAGCAGGCAAGAAUGAUCGGCAAUCUUUUAACAGUCGCUGCUGCGGCCACUGCCACGACGCUUCUCUCGCCGGAGAGUCUGGCACAGCAGCCGAGCCGUUCGACCGCCCAGACCGCCAUGCAGACGAUUAUCGAGCGCCUCCGCCCGCAGCGCAAUCGCGCGGCCCAGAGCGUGGAGCAUGCCUUGGGCGACUACCUUCGCACCGUUCUUCGCGACAAUCGCCGGUUCGAGGAGGCCGUAUCGGGCGACACACCUCAGGGCGCCAACGUCCCUGCAGAGUUCCAAGGCUUCUUGCAGACACUACAGGAAGACCUUAUUCGCGCUGUGCGGGCAUACGCUGCGCCGUGGGUUAGCGGCGAGGGCAAUCAGGCCGAAGGCGCCAAUGACACGUCGCCACCCACGCCCCCAGUCCCCGAGACUGCGGCGGAGCAGCUCCCCGCAGGCUACGACGAGCUCGGCCGGCCCCCGACGCCAAUCCCUCCCCUGGCAGGGCCUGAGGCAACACAGGCCAUUCCGACGUUCCACCGCCAGGCCGGCCAGAACGUUCCGCAGAACCGCACCCUUGGCGUCAGUGGCGGCUUUGACGGGGCGCCUCGCCGCCUCAACUUCUUCCGCGCGCACCUGUUCCCGACGCUGCACGCCGAUGGGUCGUCAGCCAACGGCUCGGAAGACCCCGACGCGGUCGUGCCGUCGAUCUUUGUCGGCGUGCGGUCCAUUUCGCACGACCCGAACCUCACGACGGAAGACUUGGUCGGCCACCCGUCGUUCCCCUUCAUCGACGGACAGGUGCCCGAGGCGGCCGCCGGCGACUCGGAGACUGCUACCACGACGAGCUCUGCCGCCACCAACGGCAGCGACACGCCGGCGCCAGUGUUUGAGCGCGACGUUGACCCCCUGAGCACCGUCACGCCGACGUCGCCCGGCACCAAUGUCCAGGUGGCGGGGACGGUGCGCCGCACGCUUCGCGAGAGAGUCUUGGAGCGAUUCGGCGGCAGCUCGCGGACGCGUACCCGUACUGGCGUGUCUCCGCCAUUAAACACGUACUUGAUUUACGUUAUCGGCGGCAACUAUCCCCGUUCUCACCCUGUGCUCGCGAUCCCCAGUCUCGUGACUGGUGGGCCGCUGACUGCAGAGGACCUGCAGCUCGUCAGUGAGCUUCUCGGUCCGGCCAAGCCGCCGACCGUCACCACCGACGAGAUUGGGCGCGCCGGCCUGCCCGUUUUCAAGACUGAGGGGCUCGCCGAGCUGGAGGCCGGCGGCAAGGUCCACUCGUCGAGCACGGAGCGCUGCAUGGUCUGCCUUAGCGACUAUGAACCCGACGAGGACCUCCGCCUGCUCAAGUGCCGCCACGCGUUCCACCGCGAGUGUGUCGACCACUGGUUGACUGACGGGCGCAACAGCUGCCCGACGUGUAGGACUGAGGCCGUCGACAAGGCCACCCUCCCCCCCGCUCCUACCGAGCCCCAGACCACCGCCGGCGUCGCCGACACCGCGGCCUAA